AUGCCCCGAGCCGGCCAGACGACAUACUCUACUUCUUCCUCUUCAAGCACUGCUUCCGCCGGCUCCGCCUCUGGGUCCGCGUCCACGAGACAGAGGAAAGCUCCCCUUACUGCUCUCAAGGGGACGAAGAAGGCGACUGGAGGUUCUAAUUCUCUACCCGAAGGCCCUACCGAGGCCGAAGCCGAGGAGGCAUUGACGAUGUCGUGGGCGGCGCGCAACCAGUGGGUUGUGCUCGCGAUUGCGAGCGGUGCCUGUGCGGCGUUCAACGGCGUGUUUGCGAAGUUAACUACGAAUGGCUUGACGACCGAUAUCUCGCAGGCGGUCUCGGUAUUCUUUGGACUUGGGAACUUUGAGAAGAUUCUUGAGGUUGUUGUCCGUUGCGGUCUCAUAUCAGGACGCCAAGCCAUUGAUAUCAAAGGGACUUUCCAGACUGACUUCCAUGCAACACAGAUCUGCUUCGGUCUAAACCUAGUAUUCAACGGCAUAAUGUGGACCCUCUUCACCCAAGCCCUGGCCAAGGGCACCUCCACCACCCAAGUGUCCAUCAUGAACACAUCGACCAACUUCAUGAUCACCGCGGUCCUGGGCUUCGCCAUCUUCGCCGAGUCGCUGCCGCCGCUGUGGUGGGCCGGCGCCGCCCUGCUCGUCGCGGGCAACGUCAUCAUCGGGCGCAAGGAUGAGACGGUUACCGCAGUUGAGGAAGACCCCGUCUCCCCUUCUGCUGCUUACCAAGACGAGGUUGAUGAGGUUGACGAUGGUGGUGAUGCUGUGACGGCAGCUGAGAGUGGCGAGGGGCUAGAGGGCGAUGGGACUAUUCCGCUGCGGCCUGGGGGCUUGUUGCCGGUGGAGAAGGAUGAGGAGGAUGAGGAUGUGGCUUUGCUUGGGGACCUCGAUGCGCCGAGUGAGCGGUGA